CGAUUGUCUUUGUUUUGAAAGCAUAUUACGCAAUAUCCGGUCCAUGUCACAACAACUCCCCGACAUUUUUAAAGCAAACUGAAGUCUUGAGGUAUUUUGGAACACUUUUACGCAAAGACAUGAGCGUUAACCUCACGGCAGGGGCGAUUGAGGCCCUGUUUAACGAGUGUCCGGUCAUAAAUCCAGUUCUGCAGGUUAUGUACAUCCGUGAGUACCCACCCGGGAAACAAGUACACACCAGGUACCGCCUGAACCUGAGCGACGGCGUGCGCAGUUUGUCCUGCUUCCUGCUGGCGUCACGGUUGAACCACCUGAAGGAAGCGGAGCUGCUGGUGCCUAACUGCGUGUGCAUGCUCAAGAAGAUCAGCCCCUUGCCUUUGUUCCACAAGCGGCUUCUGGUGGUGGUGGACAUGGACGUGUUGCAGACUGCUGUGGAUGCCGGAGGAAAGAUCGGGAAUCCCACACAGUUAAUCGGUCAAACCACCGGCCAGCAGGAGGCAAACCCGAGCACCUCCAGUUCCGAUGAAAUACCAGGACCCUCUGGAUACGGCACAAGCGGCAGUUGUGAAAACUCCCAGAUGAAGAGUUCUCCAAUGAUGAGCUCUUGGAAAGCUUCUCCCAUGAAGGCAUCUGGGAUGAUGUCCUCCAUGAAGGCAUCUGGGAUGAUGUCCUCCAUGAAGGCAUCUGGGAUGCCGUCCUCCAUGAAGGCAUCUGGGAUGCCGUCCUCCAUGAAGGCAUCUGGGAUGCCGUCCUCCAUGAAGGCAUCUGGGAUGCCGUCCCCCAUGAAGGCAUCUGGGAUGCCGUCCCCCAUGAAGGCAUCUGGGAUGCCGUCCCCCAUGAAGGCAUCUGGGAUGCCGUCCCCCAUGAAGGCAUCGCCUGUGAAGGGUUCUGGGAUGCCGUCCCCCAUGAAGGCAUCGCCUGUGAAGGGUUCUGGGAUGCCGUCCCCCAUGAAGGCAUCGCCUGUGAAGGGUUCUGGGAUGUCGUGCCCCAUGCAGGCGUCGACCUCUUCCAGUCCUUCCCAGAGGCAAACCAAAUUGACCCCAAUAUACGAGCUCCACCCGUACUUGAGCAAUUGGACCGUCAGAGCCCGAGUGACCAACAAGUCUGAUAUCCGCAAUUGGAGCAACUCGAGAGGGGAGGGGAAGGUCUUCAGCUUUGAGGUCCUGGACGAGAGUGGAGAAAUCAGGAUCACGGCCUUCAACAGUGAAGUGGACAAGUUUUUCUCCCUAGUGGAGCAAAACAAGGUCUAUCUGAUCUCCAAAGGCUCGCUGAAGGUGGCCAACAAGCAGUACACGUCGCUGAAGAACGACUACGAGAUCACGCUGGGCGCCAACUCGUGCAUCGUGCCGUGCGAGGACAGCCAGGGCGUGCCCACCGUGCACUGCGACUUUGUGCCCAUCUCGCAGCUGGAGGGCAAAGACCUCGAAGCCAUCAUUGACGUGAUUGGUGUGUGCGAGGAGGCCGAGGACGUGUCCCUGAUCACCACCAAGGCCGGCAAGCAGCUCACCAAGAGGGCGCUCGUGCUGUCCGACUCUAGCGGGAAGAUGGUGACGCUCACAUUGUGGGGAGACCAGGCUCAGAUGUUUAACGCCUCCUGUCACCCGGUGGUGGCCGUCAAAGGGGCUCGCCUGUCGACCUUCGGCGGCCGCUCGCUGGCUGCGUUCUUCAGCUCCACGGUGAUGGUCAACCCCGACAUCCCCGAGGCCUUUGAGCUGAGAGCCUGGUACAACCAGGUAGGCCACGGCCUAUGCAGUCAGUCCUUGACUGAGAGCCAGUUCACAAGCGGCGAAUUCAGGACCAACUGGAAGUCUCUGAGCGACGUCAAGACGGAACAACUGGGACAUGGCGAGAAGGCGGACUACUUCAGCUGCGUGGCGACGGUGGUGUUCGCCCGCAAGGAGAACUGCCUUUACCGGGCGUGCCCCAGCGAGUCCUGCAACAAGAAGGUUCAGGAGCAGGACGACGGACGCUACCACUGCGACAAAUGUGGCAAGGACUACCCCGACUUUAAGUACCGUUUCAUGCUCUCUGUGAACUUGGCCGACUUCGGGGACAACGUGUGGGCCACGUGCUUCCAGGAUACGGCGGAGACCUUGCUAGGUCUCGGUGCUGACCGACUCGGACGUCUGAAGGACACAGAUGAGGACGCGUUCAAUGAGGUUUUCCAAAAAGUCCACUUCAGCAAGCACAUCUUCAGGAGUAGAGUCAAGCUGGAGACAUACAACGAUGAGUGUCGCGUGAAGGUGACUGUGAUGGAAGUCCUCCCGGUGGACCACCGGCAGCACAGCAGGAGGCUGCUGAACAGCAUCCGCGCGUUGGCCUGCGGUAACUGAGCCUCACCUGAGGCGCACCUGAGUCUCGGUGGUCCAUACACUUGACAAGAAGGAAAUGACGCUAAAUACAAAUCAUGUUUUUUUUAUUUUUUAAUCUUAUUUGGAUGACAUUUGCAAGUGGAAUUAGUUUCGUAAUCUUCUGAUGCAAAAGCUCUUUGUGUGUGUGACUCAUUGUGUGUUUGUUGUGCAUGCGUGGGCUGUUUUACAUUUUUAUUCACUCUUGAUUCGCAGCCCGCGUGGGAAAAAAAAAAACAAAAAACCCCGCCUUCGUUAAGACAAACGACGGGGUGGAAAAAAGUGAUUAAACGAGUUUGUCUUCUUCA